AUUCAUGAGCGAGUAAGAAGUGACAUCGAAGGUAGCCAACCACCAACAUCAGCUACCUCUGGCACAUCAGAAGGAGUCAAGCGGGUGCCAACUGCAACAAAUCCUAAUGCUGAAGAUGCUGCAGAGCUUUUAAGAAUGUGCUUGCAGUGUGGGAUUCCCAAGACCUACUCCAGUGCUCGUGGAAUGGUGUGCCCUGUAUGUGGUGAUCGCCCUCCAAAUGAUAGCAGCACAGAGUCCAAGAAGAAAGGAUCGACUGUCAAAGAUAAAGAAAAAUCUAAAAGAAUGAAGGGCCAAUCAUCCCAUGCAACCUGGAAAAGUGAAACAGAGAUGCAACUUAGGCAACAGUUUGAUUAGCCUUAUCUUUGUUUCCUUGUAAGUUAGGUUACCAGUUACCUGUUAUAUAUAAUUUUAUGUGGUUAGGACUAUGAUUUUUAAAUUCACAAAUUUCGAUUAACAACGCCAACUUUGUAGCUUAAGUCAGAUUUUUGUUCGGUAA